CAAAAAAAAAGUCGAAAUAAAAACAAAAAAGAAUCAUCAGAGCCGAGAAAGAACAUAAAAAAAAAAUCUCUCUCUUCGUUCGUUCUCUCGCAGAUCUGAAUCAUUCUUCUUCUUCCUCCGUUCCUCUCGAUCUAAAAACAAUGGCGACACAACCACCAUCUUCAUCCUCAGCCAGGGAAGAAUUCGUCUACAUGGCGAAACUCGCGGAGCAAGCCGAGCGUUACGAAGAAAUGGUCGAAUUCAUGGAGAAAGUCGCAAAAGCCGUCGACAAAGAAGAACUCACCGUCGAAGAACGUAACCUCCUCUCCGUCGCCUACAAAAACGUGAUCGGAGCUCGCCGUGCCUCGUGGCGAAUCAUCUCCUCGAUCGAGCAAAAGGAAGAGAGCCGAGGAAACAACGACCACGUCUCCCUGAUCCGUGACUACAGAACCAAAAUCGAAACCGAGCUCUCCGGCAUCUGCGACGGUAUCCUCAAAUUGCUCGAUACUAUGCUUAUUCCCGCUGCUGCUUCUGGAGAUUCAAAGGUUUUCUACCUGAAGAUGAAAGGAGAUUAUCAUAGGUACUUGGCUGAGUUUAAAACUAGCCAAGAGAGGAAAGACGCUGCAGAACAUACACUCAAUGCCUACAAAGCUGCUCAGGAUAUUGCUAAUGCCGAAUUGGCUCCAACACACCCGAUUCGUCUCGGUCUUGCGUUGAAUUUCUCUGUGUUUUACUACGAGAUUCUCAAUUCUCCAGACCGUGCUUGCAAUCUCGCUAAGCAGGCUUUUGAUGAUGCAAUUGCUGAAUUGGAUACUCUUGGUGAAGAAUCGUACAAGGACAGUACUUUGAUCAUGCAGCUUCUUCGUGACAACCUCACUCUCUGGACCUCUGAUAUGCAGGACGAUGAUGAUGUAAUUAAAGAAGCAGCAGCAGCAGCGCCAGCAGCGCCGAAGCCUGCUGAAGAACAGCAGCAAUCCUAAGCUUUCUCGCGACUUCAUUGUUGUUUCAGUAUCAAAAAUUUCUCCAUUAUUAUGUUUUUCCUUGGAGAAGUUUCUUUGUGUGUUGGUUUCUGAUUUUUCCGUUUUCCUAAUCCCGAAGCUUCUAAGGCCGUCUAAUUCCUGUCCUUGUUUGCUCUUUUCAAAUUGUGGAUUCUUAUUAUUUUCUUGUGAUUUGACUUCGUCUUUGUUUUCUCUGUUUGUAUUGAAAUUCACCUUCUUCUCUUAUCAAUGGCUUGGCUUUUAUCUAAUUAUUCAUUUUAAU